UCGCCUUUCACUUGUUCUCCGCCUCUUCUUAUCCCCCCCGUCUGCUUCGCUUCCGAUCCCAUCAGGGUUUCGAUCUGACCCAAGGAGCCGAUCCGAUCCGAUCCCUAGAUCGAUCGACAGAGAAACAGCGGCUGCGGCCGGAGGAGCUAGCGUCGGCGGCGGCGGCGGAGGAGAAAUGGGACGGGAGGGCGGCGGCGGCGGCGGCGGCGGAGGAGGAGGAGGAGGAGGGAUGAGCGAGGGGCUGGUGAGGAAGGUCCUCCUCUCCUACUUCUACGUCGCGGUCUGGAUCUUCCUCAGCUUUACCGUGAUCGUCUUCAACAAGUAUAUCCUCGAUCCGAAGAUGUACAACUGGCCCUUCCCCAUCUCCCUCACCAUGGUCCAUAUGGCCUUCUGCUCCACCCUCGCCAUCAUCCUCGUCCGCGGCCUCCGCCUCGUGGAGCCACCCACCUCCCCUGCCAUGACCCGCGACCUCUACGUCGGCUCCGUCGUCCCCAUCGGUGCCCUCUACGCCUUCUCCCUCUGGUUCUCCAACUCCGCCUACAUCUACCUCUCCGUCUCCUUCAUCCAGAUGCUCAAAGCCCUCAUGCCCGUCGCCGUCUAUUCGAUCGGAGUCCUCUUCAAGAAAGAGAACUUUAAGAGCGACACCCUGCUCAACAUGCUCUCCAUCUCCUUCGGCGUCGCCAUCGCCGCCUACGGCGAGGCCCGCUUCAACGCCUGGGGCGUCAUGCUCCAGCUCGCCGCCGUCGCCUUCGAAGCUACCCGCCUCGUCCUCAUCCAGAUCCUCCUCACCUCCAAAGGCAUCUCUUUGAACCCCAUCACCUCCCUCUACUACGUCGCCCCCUGCUGCCUCGGCUUCCUCCUCAUCCCCUGGUUCGUCGUCGAGUUCCCCGUCCUCCGCGCCACCUCCUCCUUCCGCCCCGACUUCCUCAUCUUCGGUAGCAACUCCUUCUGCGCCUUCGCGCUCAACCUCGCCGUCUUCCUCCUCGUCGGCAAGACCUCCGCCCUCACCAUGAACGUCGCCGGCGUAGUCAAGGACUGGCUCCUCAUCGCCUUUUCGUGGUCGGUCAUUCGAGACACCGUCACCACCGUCAACCUCAUCGGCUACGGCAUUGCCUUCCUUGGAGUCGCGUACUACAACCACGUCAAGCUGCAGGCGCUCAAGGCCAAGGAGGCCCAGAAGAAGAUCACGCAGGCUGACGAAGAGAACGCCCAGCUCCUCGUGGAGAGGGAUGGCGACCGGAAGAACGACUCCCAGGCUUGAUCUCUCUGCUUUCGUCCUCGGUUUCUCUCAAUUCUCCAUCAAUCUGAUCUCAUCUGAUUUCUUCCAUAGCUUGCUUAUCUCUCUGUUUAGGUUACAGAGGGGAAGAAUUAUUUCUUGAAAAAAAGCUAAAAAAAAAUAGCCUUUUUUGCGUUCCUUUUUUUUUUAUAUUUAUAUGCGGGAUGAAUUGGAUUAGGGCUUCGAAUCUGCUUGAUCUGUUGGAGAUUGAUGCAGAUGGAGGAUUGCUGAUCUGUGUAUGUCUAGAUCUAUCAUCUUGAUCACAUGGAUUCGAUACGGAGCUGGAAUGUAUGGUUUGGACGCUGCUUUUGCAAUUGGAAGGGGAGAUGAUGGAUUAUCAUUGAACUCUGUUCUUUAGUUGCAUUUUUAUUAUCCGUCUUUUUUUCCCUUUUUUAUGGAAAUUUAUUUGUUGGGCCAUCGUAGGAGCUUUCCUCUUCCUUUUAGAGGAAAUUAAAACUUGAUGUUUUAAUUAGUGGUACAACGAUAUAUAUUUAGUUCAGAUUCUUAUCUACCUGUGUUUGUUUCGAA